AUGAUCCAAAACCUUAAUGAAAAUGUAUAUUACACACAAAGUCAAAUUUGGAUAAAUGAUAAAUGUUCUGCUUGGUUUGAAAGAAACAUGUGAAUGAACCCAGAAUAACUGAAUUCAUCUUUUUCCUCAUCAUUUAAUUCUUUUUGUGCAAUUUCAUGUCCACAUAUGUAAAGUGCCCUUGAGUAUUUUAUUUUAUUUUAUUUUAUUUUUUUAAUCAUCCUAAUCCACCAAUGUCUUUAGUAUCAGUUCACAACUGGCGGCAAUAAACCCAGUGUAAGUCACUUCACGUUUGUCACAGUUUUAACAAUCAUUGAGCUGCAGAAUGAGAUAUGGGACCUUCUGGCUGCCAAUGAGACCACCGAUGGCAGUGUGAAAGAAUUGCAAGACAGAGUGAAUGGCCUUAUCAGUCAAAUAGAUGACAAAAGCAACGACAACACAAAAUUGAUGCUGCAAAUCAUGACCCUGCAGAUUCAGGUUGAGCAGCUGCAGAAACAGCUGUCCGAUCUCCAGAUGUCACAAACCUCUCAGGUGACCCAGCUCACAAAUGAUCUUAAAGUCAAGAAGGAGGAGCUGCAGAAAUAUGUCGACGAUCUGAAUGAGAAGAAUCAGAAAAACGCCAAGCUGAUUGUGACAACCACUAAUCUGAACAACCAACUCAGAAACCUGGAAAAAGAAAGGCAGAACAAGGAACAAACAAAUUCUGCUGCAAUCGCGGAGUUGAAAAAACAACUGAAGGCAAAAGAGGAGGAGCACUCUCGUGAUCAAGCUGAGAUUAAGGAUCUGCAGGAUAAACUGAACCAGACAGAGGCGCAGUGUUCCAGUUUUGAGAACAAACUUGAAG